UCUCCGUUCGCUCUAUAGCCUCAGAACCGCAAUUAUAUAACCAUCGUCUCUUGCACCCUUACAGUCCUUUGGCUCCGCCUCUCGUUCCCUCCUCCCUCCUCCACACGCACGCGCGCCCAGAUCUAGGGUUCCGCGCGCCCCGGCGAAGAUGAGCAGCCCCCAUGGUGGCCUCGACGACCAGAUCGAGCGGCUCAUGCAGUGCAAGCCGCUCCCCGAGCCCGAGGUCAGAGCGCUAUGUGAGAAGGCAAAGGAGAUUUUGAUGGAGGAAAGCAAUGUUCAGCCUGUAAAGAGUCCUGUUACAAUAUGUGGUGAUAUUCAUGGACAAUUUCAUGAUCUUGCUGAACUCUUUCGAAUUGGUGGAAAGUGUCCGGAUACAAACUACUUGUUUAUGGGAGAUUAUGUUGACCGUGGCUACUAUUCUGUUGAAACUGUCACGCUUUUGGUGGCUUUAAAAGUUCGCUAUCCUCAGAGGAUCACCAUUCUCAGAGGAAACCAUGAAAGCCGACAGAUUACUCAAGUUUAUGGAUUCUAUGACGAGUGCUUAAGGAAGUAUGGAAAUGCAAACGUCUGGAAAACCUUUACAGAUCUAUUUGACUACUUCCCAUUGACGGCAUUGGUUGAGUCAGAAAUAUUUUGCUUGCAUGGUGGACUAUCACCAUCCAUUGAGACGCUCGAUAACAUCCGUAACUUCGAUCGCGUCCAAGAAGUUCCUCAUGAAGGGCCAAUGUGUGAUCUUUUGUGGUCUGAUCCAGAUGAUCGAUGUGGUUGGGGUAUUUCUCCACGAGGUGCUGGAUAUACCUUCGGACAGGAUAUAUCAGAGCAGUUCAACCAUACCAAUAACUUAAGGCUUAUUGCUAGAGCUCACCAAUUGGUCAUGGAGGGAUUCAAUUGGGCUCAUGAGCAAAAAGUUGUCACCAUAUUUAGUGCUCCUAAUUAUUGCUAUCGCUGUGGGAACAUGGCCUCAAUCUUGGAAGUGGAUGAUUGCCGGGAGCAUACUUUCAUCCAGUUUGAGCCAGCCCCAAGAAGGGGAGAGCCAGAUGUAACUCGUAGGACGCCUGACUAUUUCCUGUGAUGGAAAAGUGAUGUGGAUCUGCAGCAAAGGUUUGAUAGAUAGGUGAAGUUUCCUGGUUGCAGAUAUUUUUUUGCUUGAAUCCCUUGUGUGUUAUUCUUAUUAUUUUUGCCCAUGGCGCCUUAGCUAUUGCAAGCUGCUUUGCUGCAUCAUGAUUCAAGUGUAUACCUACAGCUGGAAGGAUUCAUUGUGUUCUCACUUAUCUCUAACUGGUUGAUGCUUUUGGAUUGGGAGCUGCAAUGGUGGGUUCAAGCAUCAAGCAGCAAUCUGUACUAUGAGAGAGGAAACUAUUGCCUUUGUAUUCAUUUUGUUCCCUUUCCGCUUCAAAUAUGGAACAUGGAUUUUGGCCAUGCAACGGAGUUGGGUCCUCAUCGGUUCACUUGUUUCACUUGAUUUUUCCUUUUUCUGAUUCUUGUAGAGGUGAACAAUUGUAUGGUUCUGUGUUGGGCCAUUAGUUUUUUUCUGACUGCAUCUUGAUUUGCGGUAUAGAAUUAGCUUUCAUGCACAAGUA